CACGUGACUUGUAUAUGAGUAUAAAAAUGUGUGAAAAGAUCAGCAUUAUAGAGCGCAUCAUUUCAACAACUGCUUUCAACGAAGAUCGAAUUAGUGCUGAUUAAAAUGGAAAGGAUUGCCGGGUUUAUUUUCGUCAUUUUGGUAGUAUCGUGUGUUGACACUAUCAUCGGUCAUGACUGCGGAAACAAUGCAUGUUCAAAUCACGCUGAUUGUAAUGGCAACAAACGUUGCUGCAAUGGCCACUGCUGUAAAUGUCCUUGUAGAAUUAAGCCACAUCAAUGCUUGGAAGUAGAAAACGGAUGGGCCUGCAACUGUACUGGAUCUGGCUUCCACGGACAACACUGUGAAUGCCCAGAUCCUCUGUGUGAUGACAUCUAUGGUAUGAUUAAGAAUUGCUCAGACUUUGAAAACGAUUUUGUAACACUCAAUCGCACAAGGUAUUCGGAACAUGGUGCUACUGCUUCAGGCGCAAGAAUUCUCUAUGGUGUAGCUUCUUUAGUGGACUGUAUUAAUCAUCCGUCUGCACUUCAGUGUCACUAUGUCACACAUGUCGGAAAUAAAUGUUACAUCUACCAAAGCCAGGCAGCGUUUCGCGGUGGACUGUUUCAAAACAACAUAGAUGCGCAUACAUCAGCUGUGAGAGUGUGUAAAGUAUGCGAUUGAAAAUUAAAAGAGACACUUAAAUGACCUUUGCCUUGAACUUAAUAGACUUAAAGUAGCACUUAUUAUUCUAAAAUGUGAAAUAUGGGAAGUAAAAUAAAUGUUGGGUAUCAAG